GUUUAUCUGUUGCGUGUGUUUUGGGUGACUGGUCAUUUUUAUUGUCGUUUGUAUACAUACGUCGCAAUUUCGAUGAAAUUUUUGAGGUUAUCUUGACGAUUCUACCAAAAAAAGACAAAAAAAUUCAAACUGAAAGUUUUAGAAAAAAGGUGUAAUUAGUACGUCAUUCACUUCCCUGAAUCUAUAUCAUAAUUUCAUAUAAAAUGUGUAUAAAAACAUGAUGUUGCUAUUUCUUGUGAUCACAACUUACAAGUUUUCUUUUUCUAUAAAAUCAUUUAAAAUUAGGACCAGUUAUAUUAACAUGAUUGAGUGCCAAAUUUGAAGAAAUGAAUUUUAUUGAUCACUCAUUUUUUACCUGAAAUUUUGACUGGAAAAAACGGGAUGCUUAGCCUAGCUCAGCUAAGGCAAUGAUAAUUGGUCUGAGUUCAAAACAAAUCCUUAAGUCACGUUUGGUCUAUCACCUUUUACGUCUUUAUCCGUCAUUCGGUCUGAAAACAUGCCCCGAUAUGCAGGGUCAUUUUGUUGACCCCAAAAGUGAAGAAACUCAGAUAAGCAAAGAUUAUCCCAUUCUCAAAUCAUUCCUCGCUGGCUCAUUCUCCGGUACCUUUUCAACGAUUUUGUUCCAACCACUCGAUCUCGUGAAAACGAGACUUCAGAGUACCGUUAACACACAAAUUAGUACACAGAAAAAUGGAAUGCUAAGGACCCUCUUUCAAAUUGUUCGCAAAGAAAACAUUUUUGGACUAUGGAGCGGUAUGACACCGUCGAUAACUCGAGUAAUUCCUGGAGUCGGUUUAUAUUUUUCCUCCCUUCACUGGCUCAAAAAUGCACUAUGUCUGGAAGAGCCACUGUCACCUUUACAGGCAGUGAGUCUAGGAAUUACCGCCAGAACAAUGUCAGGAGGACUUUUAAUACCAAUCACAGUAGUCAAAACAAGAUUCGAGAGUGGAGUUUACAAGUACGCCAACAUGAGCGAAGCACUGAGGCUUAUAUAUAAACAUGAAGGAGUCAAAGGUCUCUCGAGUGGUUUGGGACCAACCCUACUAAGAGAUGCUCCUUACAGCGGUCUUUAUCUAAUGUUUUAUACUCAAUUGAAGGACGCCACAUCUACAAAUACAAACGAAUCAGUUCCUGCUUACUUUGUGUGUGGUAUAACAGCGGGAGUUCUUGCUUCAGCAGUAACGCAUCCAGCUGACGUCGUCAAAACGAAAAUGCAGCUCUAUCCAAACGAGUUUACGAGCGCUUCCCAGGCAUUUAUUUUUGUUUAUAAUAAAUACGGUCCUUUGGGAUAUUUCAAGGGUAUCGUGCCUCGUAUGUUGAGACGAACGCUUAUGACCACUAUGGCUUGGACCGUUUACGAACAGAUAACUCGAAAUAUCGGUCUGAAGUAAGAAAUAAACGAAAUUCGUCAAGUAGUUUGAAAACAAGAAUGAAGAUUCGUCUCAGUAUUGAGAACAGGAGGCUGUUAACUUCGGAACUCGACUGCGCAAUGUAUUAUUUAUUGUUAAAAUGAUAAUGUAUAUAUUUUUAUUAAAUAAAACCGUACUAUUGUUUGUA